CUCUUUAUGCGAUGAUGCAUCAAAGGCUUGGUCCGGCCAAGCAUGCUGGGAAGGCUGAGGAACCGUGGUUCUGCACCGUCCUUUCCACCAAGACAGAGCGCCCACCGCGAGCCAAGGCCCUGGAAUUUUUCGCUUCAUUACACCGGCGUCGUGGCAAACGCAAUCAAACAUGCACGAAAUUUGCAAACCUGACACACUGCGGGUCAUGCAGCUGUGGCAAACAGCCAUAGCAAACUUGUAGACACAGUAUGUAGACGGAAGAUAGCAAUACAACUCCUCCUGGUUGAGCAACCUACUGCUCAGCCUACAGCUCAGCCUGCCACUUCCAAUUACUUCUACAAUGAACACGCGCCGCACUUUCUAAUUGUUAUUUUGAGCAACAAAGAUGAACUUGAGAGUGUAGAGGACGUCCAGAAGGGUCACCGUUUCAAGACUACCGAUUCUCCGAUUCCCCGCACGCCGCAUUCAACUUUGACGGAGAGGCGGUCUCCGUGUUGCCUAGUGCUGCGCAAACCUAAGAGCAGCCCAAUAGUCAUGCCUGAGCGUGCAUCGGCCUCCCGCAAGAGCGCCCGAGUGGCGAGCGGUGCAGGGCCCCAAGCUGGGGCCGGCCAAAGCACUUCGCCUUCGCCGGCCGCCGACGGCUCCCGCGUGUGGCUUCCUGAGCUUGUGGAGCGCUACGCGCGGUUCCUGCCGCCCAACGAGGUGGCGCUGACGCUGCGGCUGGUGUGCCGCGCCACGGCGUCUCAGUUCCGCGGCGGACAGCACACCAUCAUCCGUUUGUCGCAGCCCUGCCCGCCAGCCGAGUUCGCGGCGCACUGGGGCGACGUGCGGUUGCUGCGGUUGCUGCCGCGGGAGCGGCGCCGGCAGCUGCUGCAGCUCACGGCGGCGGCGGGCGUGCUGGACAACCUACGGCUGCUGCUGGACCGGCAUGGGGCAGAGCAUUGUCGUGGAGGCCCGGACGUCCUUCAGGCAGCCGCCGAAGCAGGGCAGGUUGCCGUGUGCCACUGGCUGCACGGGCGGCUGUGGGGCGGCGGGGGCGCGGGCGGCGGAAUGGACCUGGCGAGCCACUAUGACCUGAUGCAGCAGGCGGGCAAGUCGGGCAGCCGCGAAACAUGCGAAUGGGCGCUGGCAGCCCGGCCGGUGCCGCCGCACAGCCGCGCCCACGUGAAGCUGCUGGCUGCCGGCGCACGUGGGGCCGUGGGCGCCGGACACACGGCCGUCAUGGAUUGGUUUCUGGGGCAGCUGCCGGAUGACCUGCGCCAGCCGCCAGCCGCGCCACCUCAGCAACAGCAGCAGCAGCAACAGGAGAACCAGGUGCCGCCUGCGGCGCCGGAGGAGGACGGGGAAGAGGAGGAUGCGCCAGCCGGACAGCAGGCGCCGCAGGCUGCUGCUGAUGGGAAUGGCGCCGGCGCCGGUGCUGGCGCGGCGCUGAUGGGGCAGGUGGCAGGCAUGGUGAUGAUGGCUGCUGACAUGGCGCAGGCGAUGGGGCUGGCGCAGAUGGCAGAAGCCUUCCAGGGCGCGGUGGCAGCAAUGGACGGCGCCGGGGCCGCCGCGGCGGCGGCAGCCGCAGGCGGGGCCGACGCCGUUGCCGCCGGGGUGGCGGCAGCCGCAGGCGGUGGCGGCGGAGCCGUUGCGGUACAGAGCCUGCGGGUCGAUGACAACGCGCCGUGGGAUGCGUGGCCGCGCCUGGACGCAACGGCGCUGCUGCGCCUGCCACAGCUGCUGGAAGCGGCGGCGGAGGGCGCACCCUGCGCAGACACACUGGAGCAGCUGCACAUGCGAUACCUGGACAAACCCGGCAGGGCCCUGGACACGGAGCAAUGCAAGCGGCUGGUGGUGGCGGCGGCGCGCUGCAAGGCGGCUGACUGGCGGGCGCGGUUGGAGCUGCUGGAGGCGAGGCGCUACCCGCGGCCGCCGCGCGCCUGCGCCGCGGCGGUGGGUGCGGCAGCGGGCGAGGAGGGCCUGGCGCGGCUGCGGUGGCUGUUGGGGCGCGGCUUUUCCCUGGAGCAGGACGUGGUGUCCAGCGCCGCCGAGGGCAACAACACGGCUGUGCUGUCGUACGUGCUGGGUGAGGGCCUGCACGUGGGCGGCAUCCACUUCAUUCUGGCCGCCGUCAUGGCCGCCCGCAGCGGCGCCCUGGACUGCCUGCGCCUGCUGCAGGACCACGCGGUGGCAGCCGCCGCCGCCGCAGCCGCAGCCGGAGCCGCCGCCGAAGGCGCCGCCGCAGCCGCAGCCGGAGCCGCAGCCGAAGGCGCCGCCGCCGCGGUCCAGGUGUCGUGGCACUUGGGCGCCGGUUUCGCCAGCGCCAUCGAGAGCGGACACGUGGAUGUGGUGGAGUGGAUGCUUGCCACCAUGCCGGCACAGCUGGACAUGGAGCACGCGCAGCAGGCGGCGGCGGCGGGCGGGCACAGGCAGCUCGUGACGCUGCUGGAGGGUCACGGCGUGCCGCUCAGCGAGCAGGCGUUCGUGGCGGCGGCGGAGGCGGGCGAUGAGGGCAUGAUGGAAUGGCUGGUGCGCGAGGCGGGCUGCCCCAUGGGCAACGACGGCAGCGCGUACGUGCAGGCGGCGUACCAGGGAGACGUGGCGGCCCUGGCGGCGCUGCGGCGGCUGGGCUGCCCCUGGCGCCACCGCACAUUUACACGGGCGGUGUAUGAUCCACGCAACAACGAUUGGGGCGCGGACAAGGAAGAGCUGCUGUGGCUGCUGGAGGCGGGCUGCCCGGUCAACUGGCGCCUGGCCAUUGCCGCGGCGGAGGAGCACAGGGACCGCGACCUGGCCGGCUGGCUGCGGCAGCAGGAGCUGCAGAGGUCCGCGUGGGCGCGUGGCCGCAGGCUGCGCCCGCGUGGAGGCCUCGGCGGCUCCGCCGCGGCUGGUACCCAAGAGGAGGAGUUGGAGGGAGAAGACGAGGAGGCGGGGGAGGCAUAGCUGCGCUAGGGGGCUGGCACGUUGCGCGGUAUAAUAAGCGCUGACCAGGCGUCGGUGCUGUAAGCAAGGCUGUUGAGUGUUGCGAAGCGAUCUACACGGUAUUGGUGCAUGCAUAUGUAUGAUGCAGGGACUGGCACGGCUGUUGUGUGUUGUAAAUUUGAUGUUCUAUACCUGUAUGAUGAGUGCAUAUGCACCAUUGCACGUGUUGGCGGUGUGUAGGGCCAUGGAGAAGCGGCAGGAAAAGUGGCACGCGCGGGGGUGUCGGAAAAAGGCCAUCCGCAGGCAAAAGGCCGUCACGCCAACGGCCGGCCAUCCCGGUCUGCAACUUUUAGACCUGAUCCCGGUCCAAGGCAUUUCGAGAGGUCCGCUAUGGCCAAACGCGGCCCAGCGCUGUCGUUACGGAGCAGCCACUCGAAGGAUUGCGUGUAAGCAUGCAGUCGG